GCGCUCCCUAGCCCUCAGCUGUCCCUGGCUUGAAGAGUGUUACAGGCUGGUCGCCUACUUUCCUCAGGUGAUCCCGGCCACAGCCUAUUGCCUGCGGCCGCCGGUGCAAUUUACUUGCAGUCCCCGAAGAGUCCCAGAGUCCCUCCGAAGCGGCAGCGGCAGGUCCAUGGAGAAGGGUCCGGUGCGGGCGCCGGCCAAGCCGCGGGGUGCCAGGUGCAGUAAUGGGUUCCCCGAGGGGGAGUCGCCGCGACCGGGGCCGAGCGGGCCGGCCGAGAAGCCGCCGCGGCCGGAAACCAAGAGCGUCCAGCCGGCGGACGGCUGGAAGGGUGAACGGCCCCGCAGCGAGGAGGAUAAUGAGCUGAACCUCCCCAACCUGGCGGCCGCCUACUCGUCUAUCCUGCGCUCGUUAGGAGAGGACCCCCAGCGGCAGGGACUGCUCAAGACGCCCUGGAGGGCGGCCACAGCCAUGCAGUUUUUCACGAAGGGCUACCAGGAGACCAUCUCAGAUGUCCUAAAUGAUGCUAUAUUUGAUGAAGAUCAUGAUGAGAUGGUGAUUGUGAAGGACAUAGAUAUGUUUUCCAUGUGUGAACAUCAUCUGGUUCCAUUUGUUGGAAAGGUCCAUAUUGGCUAUCUUCCUAACAAGCAAGUCCUUGGCCUUAGCAAACUUGCGAGGAUUGUAGAAAUCUAUAGUAGACGAUUACAAGUUCAAGAGCGUCUUACAAAACAAAUCGCGGUAGCCAUCACAGAAGCCUUGCGGCCCGCUGGAGUUGGGGUGGUGGUGGAAGCAACCAAUGAAAUAAAAAUAAUUAAUAAAGGGGUGAGCCCUCUACUUUCUUCUUGCCACCUUUUAGUGGUAACUGUCAAGGAAACUGCCAAAUAGUGUAAGUUACAUGCACAAAAUCACUGCCAUUUGGAUAACCAUUGGGUGCUGGAAAGGAAGAAAAACUCAAGUAUUUUGUUCAAAUACUAUGGUAAUUGGGUUCAUAAGCGUAGGAAUUUUGGGAAUGGGAGGAAAUUAUGGCCAAUAUACUGUUUUUUUUUUUCCCCUCCCCAAACAAAAAUGGUGUAGUGCUUAAAAUAAUUCCUGUACAGCAUGCAGCAUUGCUCUGCAAACACAAAGUCCAACAGGCUCCACCAUAAUCACAUUUCAUAAACUGCCAGGGCACUUUAUUUUUUAUAUAUUUAUUUUUUAAGUGUCCAGUUAUAAUGUUAGUCAUGAAAGGGAAGGUGGUAGGAUAUCUAUGUUUUUGAUUUUACUGUCACGUUUCUACUUUCUGUUCUUUUUUGAAUUCAAGUACAAAGAAUUUGUUCCUUUUGUUUACGAAUGUAUUCCCAUGUCAACAUACAGGGAUUUAGACAUUUAACUCUCUGUGCCUUGAUGCGAAUAUCACACCACUUAGAGUGUAGCUACCUUUGCCAUUUUUUUAAAAAGCCAUUAUUUUAUGAGACUUAAGUACCAACACUGCAAAUAACUAGUCCUCACAAUUUUACCUUUAGAAGUCUCUUGCAAGCUUACUUUGUGUAUUCCUUGUAGAUGCCUCAAAACUUUUUUUAAAGUCUUAUCAAGUAUUUUUCUAUGUAUUUCCAGAAACUUUUGAGAACGUCCGUCAUUUUCAGGUCUGCAGAACCAUAGCUUCUGUGAAUAUGAAAGAUGGCAGAAUGAACUAACCGUGGACUGCAUUGUGACCGAUACCCAAUGUUUAAUGAAAGCUGCAUUGUUGGUGCCUAUGAAAAUGCACUGUAAUUUUCUGGAAUUACUGGAAAAUAUAGGAAGCCCCCAUAUUGGCUC